AUGUUCUCUUGGCUGUUUGGUUCUAAAUCGGUUUGUACAAAGCCAUCUACUGCUCCACAGCUCACUCCCGAGCAGAUUGCUGCUGGGAAUGUGGACGAGAUUAAAGAGUUUCACUUUCAUGUCUAUUGGUUCUUGAAUGACCCAAAAACAGAAACCCUUGCCCUUGCUCUCAGGGAUAGGGUAACUGCUCUCACUGAUUCAGGCUACUUUGUUGCCAAGCCACUCAAGACUGUCAAUCGUCAGCCCAGAGGUCCACAUCCCAUUGGGUCCUAUGAGGUUUGGGUGCCUUGUGAGUCUUUUGCUAAAGCAUAUUCUUGGUUCACUCUUAACCGUCCAAAGGAACUCAUUAUUCUUUUGCAUCCUCUCACUCGCCAAGAAAGAAUCGAUCAUUCUACCAGAGCCGUCUUUCUAGGAGGUCCUGCUGCAUUGCCCAUUAAGCUUGAUGAACUGAGUGAGCUUACUGAUAAAAUGCCUUUGCAAUACCCUGAGCUCGGCUUGGGCUACUCUGCCCCUCAGUGA